AGUCAAAGUACUUUGUUUUAAAUAUACUUAAGUAUCAAAAGUGAAAGUAUGAAACAUAAAAGGACCUUAUUUUACAUAUCAGCAAGAAAUAAAAAUAAAAGUCAGCCAAUCAGCAUUCAGGGCUUGAACCACCCAGUUUAUAAUUAGAUAUAUAACAUGCACCAAACACCUAUGUCUAAGUGUAGUUUCAUCAGAUGGGGGGCAUCCAUAACUCUAUGCAAAAAUAACUCUAUGCAAACUGCCACAGUUGUAGCUGUGUAUGGGACCUUGACUGACCUGUUAUCUGUAGCAACCAAUAAGUUGGGAAUCAAAGCCUGUAAUUUAUACAAUGGAAAAGGUGGUCUUAUAGAUGACAUAGCGCUCAUCAGGGAUGAUGAUGUUUUGUAUGUCUCAGAGGGAGACCCCUUUUUUGACCCACAGAAUGAUGUCAGGGCUAGAGACGAUCGGCCUGGGACACACACCGAUUGGCUGACGCUUAAUAUUGGAGGGCGUCUCUUCACCACCACACGGAGCACCUUGGUCAGCAAGGAGCCAGAGAGCAUGCUUGCUCACAUGUUUCGGGAGAAGGCUGUAUGGGGUAACAAGCAGGAUGAAUGUGGGGCUUACCUGAUUGAUCGCAGCCCAGAAUACUUCGAGCCUAUUCUUAAUUACCUGCGACAUGGCCAGCUCAUUAUCAAUGAAGGAAUCAAUUUACUUGGGGUUUUGGAGGAGGCCCGUUUCUUUGGAAUUGCGCAGCUUGCUGAGCAGUUGGAAGUAGCAAUAAAGGUGAAGAACUCCAGCUACAUAUUUCAAAUGAUUUAUUACAUUUCAACACAGCAUAUUGAUCCAUGUCCUAUGUCACCCCAUGCCUUUCUCCAGAAUAACCAGACACCUGAGGACCACUCUCCCAUCUCUCGCAAGGAGUUUGUUCGGUUUCUGCUGGCUACACCCACCAAAUCAGAGCUCCGCUGUCAGGGACUUAAUUUCAGUGGUGCUGAUCUCUCUCGCCUCGACUUGCGCUACAUCAACUUCAAGAUGGCCAACCUGAGUCGCUGCAACCUGACACAUGCCAACCUAUGCUCUUCAAACCUGGAGCGCGCUGACCUGUCUGGGGCCAACCUCGAUGGUGCUAACUUGCAGGGUGUCAAGAUGCUCUGUUCAAAUGCUGAGGGGGCGUCUCUCAAAGGAUGCAAUUUUGAGGACCCAUCUGGACUCAAGGCCAACUUAGAGGGUGCCAAUCUGAAAGGGGUUGACAUGGAGGGAAGUCAGAUGACCGGAAUUAACCUGCGUGUGGCCACUCUCAAAAAUGCUAAGCUGAAGAACUGUAACCUGCGGGGUGCCACUUUGGCAGGAACCGAUCUUGAGAACUGUGAUCUGUCUGGCUGUGACCUACAAGAGGCCAACUUGAGAGGGUCCAACGUGAAGGGGGCCAUUUUUGAAGAGAUGCUGACUGCAUUGCACAUGUCUCAGAGUGUUAGAUAACUCUCCUGCACAUUCCAUCUGGGUUCAGGCUGGUUAAUCUCAUGGAUGCCUGGCAAAGGUCUUCAUUUGCCAGCCAAUCCCACCCACCCCUACUAUCAAGCUUCUUUGACCCUUGUGCAAUACAGGUAGUUUUAUGCACAUCCCUGGCAUUCCAGCUCAGAUACUAGCUUUAAAUAAUUUGCACUAGAGCACAUUCAGGGAUAUUUGUUUAACUGUCUUUCCUUAUUUUUCCCCAAAACCAAAAUAUUUCAUGUAUGUUUACUAUUAUGUCUGGAUUCAAUCCUACCUUAUUAGUAUUCUUUUAAAUUCUAGAUGUAUAUACACUUUCUUGAUUAUUUAACGCAACAUCUCUGAAAGUCUGAUUAUUAAACUAUAAGUGCAUGAAGGUUUAAAGUAACAAUAUAAGGGCAUGGUGUGACUGUACAUUCUUAUCAAUGUACUUAGUUUUAUGUCAGAUAGGCUUUAUGAUUAGGAUAAUGUUUUUUCUACGCCAAAGCUAUACUGUAGCAUGAUAAAAAUGGCAAAAUAAUUUGCUGUUAUUGCACCACCUAAUUAUGCUGUGGAUUUCAUUUUUCUUAUAAUAAUGUGGCUGAUGAAACAGAAUUUCAAGAAUGCAAUGUACUCUUCAUUGAUAAUCACUGAAGUCAGAAGCUGCCUGUUGUUUUGUUUGGUGUUCUCUGUGAAUCUACCUCGUUUUUUUUUACCACUUUCUGAUUUAUAUCUAGUUCCAUGCAUUUCAUGGUGGUUUUUGUCUCUUGUUGUAUGAAAACCAUUAUUCAUCAUAUCCAAAUAUGAUAAGCAAAUAAUCAAAGUGAAUAAGCUGUUUUUUAAGUGUUUACUGUCAUUUUCAAGCUUGUGGAUCACCUAGUUGUAUGAGGAAGAUGGUUGUAUAACAACACUCCCAUCACAAUGAAUUGCAUAUAAUUCAAUCAUGUUUUGAAGUUUGCACAAAUCUGUCUUAAAUUAAACAUUUUGUUCACUAA